CGCCCGCCGCCGCCCGCCCUCGCGGCGAUGUCCGUCUCCGCGAGCGAGAUCGAGGAGGUGCGAGCCGCGCUCGAGCGGUCCAAGCUCGAGGCCGCGCGCGAGAAAGCGCGCGCGGCGGCGUACGCGGACGAAAUUCGCGCGCUCAAAGCUGCGAAUCUCGCCGCGCAUCGAAAGGACGAGCACGAGGAGGAGAACGUCACGAACGCGCUCGUGAAGAAGCUCGAGAGAGUGAACGCGGAGAAGCGCGACAUGCUCAUGCGCGUGGAGCAAGAGGAGGAGUUCAUAACGAACGCGCUGCAGAAGAGGCUCGAUCGCGUCGUCCGCGAGAAGCUCGAUCUCGAGGCGCGCAUGGCGAGAGAGCACGCGCGGACGGAGACGAACGAGAAGAAGCUCGGCGCGCUGACGGAAGAGCUGAGCGCGCUCGCGCGGCAGAAGGUGGACCUCGAGCGCGCGCUCGAGGCGGAGCAGGAGUGCAUCGUGAACAAGCUCACGAAGCAGACCGCCGGGCUCGCGAAGGAGCGCGAGGCGCUCCGAGCGGAGCGCGAGGCGCUGCGCAGGCAGGUGGAGACGCUGCUGAGGCGCGUAUUCCUCACACCGGUCCCCAUACGACCCCGUUCGCGUUGUGAACGCCGAGACAAGGUGCGGCUGGGGCGCGAGAAGAUCUCGCUCGAGAACACGAUGGAGGCGGAGGAGGAGCACAUCGUGAACCGCCUGCAGUCGCAGCUGCUGGAGAUGUACCAGCGGAACCGGUUCUUGGAGCGCAGGCUCGAGGCGGGCGGGUCGCAGACGCCGUCGGUCGUGAGCGAGAGCGAGACCUCGGACGACGAAAUCGGCGCGCACGCGCGCGGCCGCGGCGGGGCAUCGUCGCACUCCGCGCACCACGCGGGCGGGUCGCCGCACCACGGCGGGAACCCGGGCCACGGCGGCGGCGCGCGAGGGAUGGGGGGCCUGGGCGGCGGAUCCUUUGGGUCGUCCCGCGGCGGAGCGCCGCACUACGGCUCGCACGCGCCGUGGGAGCGGGAGAUGUACGCGUCGGCGUUCAACGGCAGACGGCGGAAGAGCGGCGGGUCGUCCGUCGUCUCCGUCGCCACGAGCGCGACGGCGUCGACGUACCAGGAUUCGAUCGGGACGUCGACGACGACGAGGAGCGAGAGAGACGGGGGCUCGCGCGGGGGCGGCGGGAAGAGCGGCGGCGGCGGCGGCGGCGGCGGCGGCGGCGAGAAGCCUGGCCGAGAGGAGGCGGCGGACGGCGCGUCGGGGCUCGGCGUGAUUUCGAUCUCGCGCGCGAGCACGCCGCCCGCGUCCGAGUCCGUGGACGCGACGCCGAUCAGCACGCCGAGAAGCGCGCGCAGCGUGGAGGACGGGAGAUGA